AUGUCGAAGCCUAAUCCGGAUCAAGACGAUCGCCUGUGUCUAGCGCAUCUGCCGCUGCUCAUUUGGCAGUUCACGGAGAGCAACUUUCCCACCUUUGUGCUCCCCAAUUCUGGCUUUGGGCUACUUGCAGCUUUAGCGGCGCCAAUCCUCACCAGCCGCCUGGAACCUCUCCGGCCAAGUGACCUGCUUCUCCGGGGCCUGCAGGUGGUGCUCUUCAACUGGGCCAACGUCUUCGUGUUCGACCUGGCCAAUCAACGCCUGCCCGAGUCGAUAGUGGAGGAUCAGUUGAAUAAACCAUGGCGCCCGAUACUCACGAAGCAAAUCAGCCCGGAGUCCACUCGGAGGUUGAUGCUUGGGGCCAUUCCGGCCGUGCUGUUGAUUAGCGCUCUGCUCGGAGUGGGGACGGAGAGCUCCUUCAUCCUGAUUGUCACUUGGCUGUACAACGAUCUGCAUGGUGGCGACGAGAUCAUUCGUGACUUGCUCAUCGCCAUCGGGUACGGUCUUUAUCUGUCCAGCUCGCUCCAAAUCGCCAUCGGCCCCUACCAUCAUAUUACGGAACAUGGAUACCGCUGGAUUGCUAUGAUGAGUGGCAUUAUUCUCACCACCAUGCAAGUGCAAGACCUGAAGGAUCAGGCGGGAGAUGCCACUCGUGGCCGGCAGACCUGGCCUCUUGUCUUGGGAGAUUCUGUCUCCCGAUGGAUGAUCACAGGCUUUGUUCUCUUCUGGAGCAUUGCGUGCGCUUGGUUCUGGCAACUUCCGCUGUGGGGAUAUGCAGUCCCCAUGUGCGUCGGACUGUGGGUGGGAUACCACGUGGUGAAAAAGCAAAACGAUGUGGCGGCGUGGAAGUAUUGGUGUGUCUGGCAAGUGGUGGUAUAUACCUUGCCUUGUUUCGUCUGGUUACAGCGCUAG